CUGUGGCCCCAGAGACUCUUCAAACUGCUCCGCUCGCUACGGGAUGGGCAAGGCCGCCAACGCCAGCGCCCAGUGUCAGGCCGAAUACGGAAUCCACUGACGCUGCCUCGAUGGAUACCCUACCGCAAUGGAUCCAAGAUUGCGAGUCUCAUCGAUCUAUCGAUUCCUACUAUUACUUCUUUCAUAAGGCCCACCCUUUUGCACCUGCCAAGUCUUACAUGCAAUCUCGGAUCCAAUCUCAAGAUGCAUCUGCAGUUCUCCUUUACGCAGCGAUGAAUUACGUGGGUUGUAUGUAUCAGCAGUCUCCGCCAGAGAGAGACAGGAAAGCACUGGUGCUACAGCAGGCCCGCCGUGCUCGACAACCUCCUCGAACUCCUAGCCCUCGACACGUGUACCAAGUCGCAACGUUGCUGUUGCUUACCAUCGUCGCCUACGGAAAGGGGGAGGUGGAAGAGGCCAGCGAUAAUUUGGAGAAAGCGAUAUCGUUGGCUGUCGACAUAGGCAUGGACCGUGUCGACUCGAUCACCGCGCUUCGCGACAGGGAGUUUGUUGAGCUAUGGAAGAGGACGUACUGGUAUCUCUACAUAAUGGCAGACGCUUUACAAGACGCAGAUACUAAUCGCGACUUUCGACUAGAGUGCCCUGGACCCGACUUUCCACUGCCCUGCACAUAUGAUAGCUCCCCUCAGAUGACUCUGUCCCAGUUCGACACGGCCGACUUCGAAGAUCACGCUUAUAUAUUCCCGUCCCUCGUAUACCUCAUAGCGCUUGUGAGAAUAAGUCAGUCGAUAAAGAGGCUGAAUGCGGGCCUAGGAGAUCACUUCGAUAGGGCGGUUAUUCGAACCCAUGCCAUGCUUAUGAACUGGAAGUUACACCUCCCCCUAGAGAAACAGAGUGCUGUCACCAAAAGCGGUGAGAUCGAUCACAUAAUGUUCCAGUCCCACAUUCUGUUCUACAGUCUACGCGUGUUUAUGCACACUUCACUACCAGGCUCGUCAGGAGGCGACGAUGAACCGCUUCGCGCGCGAACGAGACUGGAAUCCUGCGAAGCCGGUGCGAGCCUCCUAACUCUCCCUACGUGCCUCCUCCAAAUGAGCCCCCUGAUAAUCAAGCCCUUGUCGAGGUGCGCAGUAACCAGCCUCAACACCGCUCCGCCGCCGGACUCCGACUUUCACGCUCGAAAUAACCUGCGCCUUGUCCUGGGGGCUAUGAAGCAGGUCAGCGUGGUGUGGAAAGGCGCCGAGCAGGAAUCCCAGGCACUCAAGGCCAUGGCACGGAUAGCAUACUCGAUUCCCAGCCUUCGCGCUCCGGCGAAUCUCACGACGUCUCAGCCCAGUCCCGUAGAUGUAUUAUCGGGGGAUAUACAUUUUCAAUUUCACGACGCACACUAUUUUGACCAGGACGGCGAUGUGGGAACCGCAGCAGAAGUGCGCGACAUUUUUGUCGGCACACCAAUAUUUGAGAGGGUCUCUGGGGCAUCAGAAGAGGCAUCUGUAUUAUCGUGGCAGCUUUAAUGUCUAAUAACUAGAACGACACUCCCCACGAUGUUAAUAAGUAGAUCGCGAGAAAGGCACCACGAUCGGUAAUACAACCGACGCGUGAGAUGCUCUUCUCAGGAGUGAAGGUCUAGCGUUUGGUCUACUUCAAAGCAUUUGCACACACGCUCUUCCCCUCA